AUGGCAGUCACUCUCCCCAAUACAUCUUUAUCCGCAAACGAUGCCAGGAUUCUGAAUGCAAUCUUCGACCCAGAAACUCUUCCAUCAUCUGUCGGCCAACAAAAAGAAACUUCAUCGUCAAUCGACCCUUCAUUACCCGCUCAUCCCAGUAUAGCCGCAUCACAACUCACAUCGCUGGAGCGCCAGCAAAGCGACAUCAUAGCACGCACGCCCAGCACCUCGAGCAUCGCUGAGAUAGAUGCUGCAAUAAAAGAGUUGGACAGGGUGGCAGAGCAGUACCCAGAAUAUGCGGGCGCCUGGGUGAACCGAGCUAUGGUGAGGAGGAUGAAGCUAGAAGCAAACCUAAAAGCGGGGAAGAACAUCUUCCAAAACACGACUGAGACAUUGGGAUCAGAUGUCGAAUCGGUGUUCUCAGAUCUUGCGCAAGCGAUCCAUCUUUCCUCAACGUCCUCUUCCACGCCAGCGGUGUCUCCUCACGCCGCAAAGGUCCUUCGGACAGCCUAUUCGCACCGCGCGUAUCUUUAUCUGAAAGCUGUGGAGUCAGGGUCGCGGUGGAAAGGGAUGACGACAUCUGAGUUGGAAGAAUCAGCAAGUAAAGAUUUUGCGGCUGCGGCGCGGUAUGGGGAUGAGGUUGCAAGGGAGAUGAGCGUUAGGACGAAUCCGUAUAAAAAGAUGUGUGGAGUCAUCGUCAGGGAUGCGUUGAGAGAGGAGAUGGGGUUGAACAAAUGA